GUUUGCUUCUGUGUGGCAAAGACAGGUACUGAGGACCAAGGCUCAUCGGUCAGGACCUGAGGAGACGGAUACAAAUUGUACACUAUGGGGACAGGCAAAGGUGAUGGAGCCACAUUGUUAGGGGAGACCAGCUGCGCGCUGAAAGUCACAAAGGAUAUCUGGUUCGGAUGCUGUUCCUGCACCUAUGUCACCAGAGAUCAGCGUGUAAUUGUGAGCCACCUGGCUGUCCAUGGUGAUGAACAAUUCAAGUCCCAGCAUCCUCCCAUGUCUGGCUCUAAGUCCCAAGUGCUCAGCAACACUCAAAAGCACAAGAGUGAUAAGUUUUACAAAUGCAGUCUGUGUCCUCAAGCCUUUGCUCGAGAUUCCCAUCUGCGAAUUCAUAAUCAAACACAUACUGGUGAAAAGCCAUUUAAGUGCAAGCAGUGCCCCCUAACCUUUUCUCGAAACUGUACUCUGCAAAUCCAUCAUCGAAUACACACUGGUGAAAAGCCAUUUAAGUGCAUGCUAUGCCCCAAAGCCUUUGCUCAAAAUUCGAAUCUGAAACGCCAUAAUCAAACACACUCUGUUGAAAAGCCAUUUAAGUGCAUGCAAUGCCCCAAAGCCUUUGUUCUAAAUCGUGAUCUGCGGAACCAUAAUAGAACACACACAGGUGAAAAACCAUUUAAGUGCAAGCUGUGCCCCAAGCCUUUGCUCAAAAUUGCCAUUUGAGAACUCAUAAUCGAACACACACUGGUGAAAAGCCAUUUAAGUGCAAGCAGUGCCCCAAAACCCUUGCUCAAGCUUCCCAUCUACUAAGCCAUAAUCAUUUGCACACAGGUGAAAAGCCAUUUAAGUGCAAGC